GGGCGGGGAAGGAAGAUGGCGGCGCCCAGCAGCCGGUGAGGAGAGAGGGCACGGGGCUGCAGGGGAGCGACCAGACUCGCGCGUUAUGGCCUCAUCCCCGCACACUCUCUCCUCACGCCUCCUGACAGGUCGGGUAGCAGGAUGUGUCUGGUAUCUAGAAAGGAGAGCCGUGCAGGAAGCCCCUCACAAGUUCGUGCAUCUUUUCAGGAGCGUCAAUAAGCAGUGGAUUACAUUUCAGCACUUCACCUUCCUCAAGCGCAUGUAUGUCACACAACUGAACAGAAGCCUCUACCAGCAAGUAAAACCGAAGCCAGAGACAGUGGCAUCUCCUUUCCUUGAAAAAACGUCUUUGGGUCAGGCCAAAGCAGAAGUGUAUGAGAUGCGACCCCUUUCACCCACUACCCUCUCUGUGUCCAGAAACCGAAAUGAAAAGGAACUGAUAGAACUAGAAUCUGCCUCAGUCAUUGAAGGCUCAGUAUAUGUUGGAAAAGAGACAAAAGAUGAAAAGCAAUGGAAAGAGAUGAAGCUACAUGUGGACGAUUUGCCAGGAAUUUUGGCUCGACUGUCCAAAAUCAAACUCACAGCCCUUGUUGUCAGUACCACUUCAGCUGGAUUCGCAUUGGCCCCAGAACCUUUUGAUUGGACAUGUUUUCUGCUUACUUUUGUGGGGACAGGCCUUGCAUCUUGCUCUGCCAACUCCAUCAAUCAGUUUUUUGAGGUGCCAUUUGAUUCAAACAUGAAUAGGACGAAGAACAGACCUCUAGUUCGUGGGCAGAUCAGCCCGUUGCUAGCUGUGUCCUUUGCCGUUUGCUGUGCUGUUCCAGGGGUUGCCCUUCUGACCUGGGGUGUGAAUCCACUCACGGGAGCCCUGGGGGUCUUCAACAUUUUCCUGUAUACCUGCUGCUACACCCCGUUGAAGAGGCUCAGCAUCGCCAACACCUGGGUCGGCGCCAUUGUGGGGGCCAUCCCACCUGUCAUGGGCUGGACGGCGGCCACCGGCAGCCUCGAUGCAGGAGCAUUUCUUCUGGGAGGAAUCCUCUACUCCUGGCAGUUUCCUCAUUUCAACGCACUGAGCUGGGGCCUCCGUGAAGACUACUCCCGAGGAGGCUACUGCAUGAUGUCAGUCACGCACCCGGCCCUGUGCAGGCGCGUCGCCCUGCGCCACUGUCUGGCCUUGGUUGGACUGUCUGCUGCAGCGCCUGUCCUGGAUGUCACCACGUGGACCUUCCCCAUCAUCUCCCUCCCCAUCAACUUGUAUAUUUCCUACCUCGGCUUUCGGUUCUACCUGGACGCGGACCGGAAGAGCUCCAGGAAACUGUUCUUCUGCAGCCUCUGGCACCUGCCCCUGCUCCUGCUUCUCAUGCUCACCUGCAAGCCGUCCCCAGGUGGGACGAGCGACAAGGGAGAGCCUCAGAGCUGAAAUCGCAUGAGCGUGAGGGGAAAAACAAAAUCACACAGGGAGACGCACAAUUGUUUUACCCUUCACUGUUAGGCAAGAAUACUUUAGAAGUUCUGGAGCUCAAGAAGAGAAAACACUGGGCUUAGUACAAAAUUGUAAAAUGUUUUGGUGCUCAGUGAUCAUGCAACAAUUUGUGUUUUAUUGGUAAUAUCCAAAAUGUUCCCCUUUUAGAAAGGGCUGGCUCAGUAGAUUAAUAUAAAGAAAAAACAUUUUUCUCUUUGAGGGUAUUCAUACAUUUCUUCUUCUAACCCCCUUUAUUUUCCUUCUUCCUCAUGGGGGUGGACAAGCAGGCCUGUCCUUUGCCUGCCCCGCUCCCCCAACUCCCUACCUGCCCGCCGAGUGGGAAUUGGUGGCCAGACAAGGUGAGCUCUCCAUACUGUGUCCUCAGUCACUCCAGGGCCGCAUCAGAGGACACAUACUGCUGGCCGCAGCCCCCGCCCCCCUGAGAGUGAGCCAGGACCCCCCUUCCAGCUUUCUAACAUUCUCAACUUCUCCCCUCACUCAAGAACAGAAGGCAAAGCCUGAGCUGCUGCCUGACAUUUGGACGAAGAAUUCCGAACGGUUGCCUAGGGAAUCACAGACUAGACUGCCAGUUCACCCCACCCCCGUGAGGUGUCAGCAUCGCAGAGACUCCAAGAAGUCAAAGGCAGCUUUAUAGGGCCCAGUUAGGUACAGGACGGGUCUGAAGUGUCCCUUCCGACGGGGAGCGCUACACCUAACACCAGAGGUCCCUCCAGCUCCAAUCCUGAGGCUGUUUGUCCUCACCUACCACUGCAGACCAGGAGCUCCUCUGCUGAGACUUCUCAAGGCCGCAGGGGAGUGGAGACCAGGAAAAGGGGGAGCGACCGACCAGCCCCCAGAGCUCGAGCUCUCGUCCUGUCAGAGGAAAACGCAUUUCCAUCCUGCUCUUCCCUUGAUUCAGAAAUCAGCCUGCACACAUCCAAUGGCUGUAAGAGCCACAAGGCACCAGGGGGACUCCCGGUGGGGACGCCUCAGUCCAAGAGGCGCGUGGCCAGGCAUGGCCUGUCACCUGUAGGUCUGCCCAUCCUUCACGUUCCCACUCGUCUGCUGUUGAGUCCCAUUUAUCUGAAGGUCUUGAGACUUCACAGGAUGCUUUAAUCAGCCUCAGGGGUACUGCUGCCCUGUAGGAAUUCAUUUGGGGAAUUUUAGCCACACUUAAAGUCAUUGCAAUAUGCCCGUCCUUUCCAAAAUUCCUAAAGCCAUUGCAGGGAGCAUCUGAUCCCUGUUUCUGCUUAUCUGAAAUAUUACCUCUUGGCUGUAUCCAGGUUACUUUCCAUGGGGAACGUGGCCUCGGAAGGCCUGGAAGGAACAUCAGCGUGUCGCGGCCCUAAGAUUUGGAGCACAUUGUUCUCUUUUCCUGCUGCAAUAAACCAGUAUAUGAGGAA